AUGAUCCGAAACAAAAGUCAGACAUCAGUCGGUUUUAUUGGGUUGGGAAACAUGGGAUCAAAUAUGGCUCAACAUCUCAUUAAUAAAGGACACCAAUUAGUGGUUUACGAUGUUUUUCCAGAAGCGAUGACCGCAAUGGCAGAUAAAGGAGCCGUUAUAGCACAGUCACCGGCAGACUUGGCUCACAGAUGUGACCGAAUCAUAUCAAUGCUGCCCACAUGUGCUCACGUAAAGCAAGUCUAUUGCGGCGAUAAUGGAGUGUUGAGUAAAGUAAAGUCUGGAACUCUUCUCAUCGACUCGAGUACUAUUGAUCCGCAAACGUCUCAAGAAGUUUGUAAGGCUUCCCAAUCAAAAGGAGCCGUCUUUAUGGACGCCCCGGUCUCGGGCGCAGUGCCGGCCGCCAGGGCUGCGACGCUCACGUUUAUGGUGGGCGGCAACGCAUCAGAGGUGGAGGCUAUUAGGGAACUGUUGCUAUGUAUGGGCAAAAACGUGAUACAUUGCGGUGCUGUGGGGUCGGGCGCUGCGGCCAAGAUAUGCAAUAACAUGAUGCUCGCCAUCUCAAUGAUAGGCACGAGUGAAACACUCAAUUUGGCCAAAAGGCUCGGUCUCGACCCCAAACUCAUGACUCAAAUAUUAAAUGUUAGUUCCGGUCGUUCGUGGAGUUCAGAGGUGUAUAACCCGGUGCCGGGUAUAGGAGAGAACCUGCCGGCCGGUAACGACUAUAAUGGAGGCUUUAUGACUCGACUCAUCACUAAAGAUCUGGGUUUAGCGCAAACGGCCGCCACUCGAGCCAACGCUCCGACCCCUUUGGGAACACUAUCUCAUCAAUUGUUUCGAUUGAUGCUUAAUAACGGCUAUUCCAGUAAAGACUUCUCCAGUGUUUAUAAGUUUAUCCAAGAAUUUGACGAUAAAAGGAUGAUUCCAUAA